CAGAGCAGUGAGCAAACUAGAAGCUCUCUGAGCCACUCUCACUCCAGGACAGCCAGGGGGGACUGCCUCAUUUUCAUUCUUUCUUCUCAAUUUUUUUUUUUUAGACCCUAAACUUUUGUUUUUUAAGUAUUCGGACAUCAGGACCUUGGAAAUAAUGUUCAUGAAACUUGGACUUUUGCUUUCCCUGGCUUAAGAAUGACACCUCAGCAGAAUAAUUGCAGCCAUCUGAAAGGAGACAGCGAUGCAGUGAGGUCGAGGAUACAAGAGCGAGAGAAGAAGAUGAAAACGACAAUGCAGCGGAGGCGGUCUGCACCCUCAGCCAUCAGUAAAGCCCUCAGCAGAUCCAGAACACAAAGCAGGGAUGGGCCUCUCUCCCCAGGCUCCACCAUCAACGGGUCUCUGAUCCAGGCCUUCAGUGCCCAGAACUCAGCGUUCAUCAUGGAGGAGCGGGUACAGCUCACCACAGGGCUGCAGACACAGGAGAGACACCUCUUCCUCUACAGUGACACCCUCAUUAUCGCCAAGUCAAAGUCCUCAUCCAGCCUGAAGCUGAAGGAGCAGGUGCGCGUGUGUGAGCUGUGGAUCGCAUCCUGCAUCGAUGUGGUGUCCGAGAGGAAGAUGAAUCCAGAGACCUCUUUCGUUAUUGGCUGGCCAACCACCAACUACGUGGUAACCUUGAGCUCCUCCGAAGCCAAGGGGAAGUGGCUCUCAGCUCUGCAAUGGCAAAUCAACGAAAUGAAACAGGAGGAAUACCAAAAGGAAAUAGCUCUUAAAAUCAUGCUGCUGGAUGUGGGGAACCACACUUCUUCAACAAUGACUCUGAAUGUGGGCUCGACAGACACUGCAGAGAAAGUAAUCAAACUCAGCACUCAGCAGCUUGGAAGUCCAGGCCAGCCCAGUGACUACCACCUCUGGGUAAUGUCAGGCAAGGAGGAAACCCCCUACCCCCUUAUCGGACACGAGCUCCCCUUCAGUAUUAUCAUGAACUGCCUGAGGGACUCUGCAGACCAGCCCAGCAGGGCCAACAACAACAUCCUGGCCCCCGACGGGGCCCUUCUCCUAGAGCAGCUCCCCUGGGAGCGCCAGUGCCAGUUUAUCCUGAAGCCCCGGCCCGUGGCACGCAGCCAUGUGAGGACAGAUUCCUUCCAGAAACACAUCAAGAGGAAGAAGUCUCUGAUAGACUGGGCCUUGCGCAGGGGGAGCAGCAGCCCAUCAGGCAGUCAACUGGGAUCUCCCACCUCACCCCGCAAGCUGUUCGGCCACUCCCUGCCCUCCAUCUGCCCCAGUGGAAAACUGCCCAAGCCCAUCAUGGACAUGCUCUGCCUCCUGUACCAUGAGGGCCCGUCCACCAUGGGCAUCUUCAGGCGCUCCGCCAACGCUAAAACCUGCAAGGAGCUGAAGGAGCGUCUGAACUCGGGCGAUGCUGUGCAGGUGGAGGGAGAGUCAGUGUUUGUGGCCGCGGCCGUCAUCACAGACUUUCUGCGCAACAUUCCUGGCAGUAUUCUCUCAGCAGCGCUGUAUCACAAGUGGAUGGAAGCAAUGGAGAGAAAUAACUCUGAAGAGAAACUAGAGGCCAUAAAAAGGCUUGUGGAGCGUCUCCCUGAAGCUAACGUCACGCUGCUUCGCUACCUGUUCGCUCUCCUGCACCACAUCGAGAGGAGGUCUGAGGAGAACCAGAUGACAGCCUUCAACCUGGCCCUGUGCAUCGCUCCCAACAUGCUGUGGCUUCCUGUCUCCACGGGGCCAGAGGAAGAGAGCAGAUCCACAAGGAAGGUUGCCAUGCUUGUUCAGCUCCUAAUUGAAAAAGCUCCUGCAAUCUUCGGGGAAGACAUUGUAUCGCUCUUUAACAAACAUCACAAGGACCAGCUAAGCAGCUCAGAAGAUGCACUGGACGGGCACUUCCAGCAGCAGUACUCAUCGGAUGAAUUCGAUUCCACCUUUUCGGAACAGGAGAAGCCGAAAACACUUAACAGAAAGGAAAGGGACUCCUUCUUCCUUCCCUUAAACGAUUCAGUGCUCAAAGAAGAGAAGGAGGACUGGGGGCUGUUGGAUGAAAUGGACGCCUAUAAGAAGAAAGUCCUGAACGAAGACAGUGCUUACAGCUGCGAUAACCUGGACGAGGUGUCUUUCCGAUCCAGCGGGUCGGUCUGCUCGCUCGCCACUCUCCAGAGCAUCAGAUCGACGAGAGACCGCUGCUCCUCGGAGCCCAGCGUGUGCAUGAGCUCCCAGCUGCUGAGCAGACUGCAUGAGCCUGUAGCGCGUCAGUCUAGCUGCGAUGCUGCAAUGAUCCGAGGGCAGACCGACUGCUCUCAGUACAUGCAAAAGCUGCGGCUAGACAGCCCCACGGUUUUGGAAGGAGACGCUAGCCCCAGGGUGAAUAACAGAACCAAACCUGGCCUGUGGAGGUCCCCACAAAUUGCCUCGAGGAUCAGGCACCUGGGGCCUCACAGGAUGAACCUGUCCAACAGGUCCAGUUUCUCCAGCCUGUCCUCCACAACCACCUCUCCUUCUGCAUCAUCCCUGAGCUCGCUGGACAGUGCCUUCUCUUACUGCUCGGACUCCUUGUUCAGCCCGGCUGAGGUCUCCUCACUGCCUCUCAUGUUUGGAACUUCCACCAGACUACAGCCCCUUUCUCCGGAGUUUCCCAGCAAGUUCUCCAAAGAUUGGAGUAUGACCUUGCCGGCAUCUAUGGCGCGAGAACCAUGCGACUUGGAUUGGUAUGAAGAGUAUGACGAAAAAGACGAGGAGAACAAUAAUUGCAUCAACGAGAUUGAAGAUACAGCAGUCAGUCGAGUUCCAGAAGAGGUGCAAGAGGCCUACUGUGAAAGCACUUUGAGUGUUAACAGUUACAGGAGUGCUGAGGACGAUGGAGGUGAUUCAGAACACGAGGGACGAGAGACAGAACCGAGUCAAGCGGACGUGGGAAAGAACCAAGAGUCCAUGGAAUUGGAACCAGAGUUUGGGGCUUGUGACAGCGAGUCCAAACCACAGAGAAUAGAAACAUCAGUGAAGCACAUAGAAAUGGUUAGACCAAAAACUGGUAAAGAUAAGAUGAAGCGCACUAAGAUAACAUUCUACAUGGCCCCGGGCAAAGUAAAAAUGAAUAACCAUUCUGAGCAGAGCGAGAAAGAAAAGCCCACCAUUUCAGUGAACGUGUCAGGCUCAGGUGACGAUCCUCCAGUUAGUGCUGAACACCAAAGUCAGACUGUUAAGGUCUAUAUUCCACAGACUGUUUUUUACAGACAGAACACUCCUCUGGUACUGCAGUCAGUGUCAACGAGGCAGAAUUCAGAGGUGCCAGACGUGCAGGUCCAAACUGAAAUGAAUGGUCCUGCAGAGGCAGCAGCGGCUAGCAUUGAACACCUGCCCACUUCAAAGACUCACAGUAAAGCAGCCAGCACAAUACGGCACACCAUUCGCAUCAUACUGCCCGCGUCAGUCAGGAACACUGUCAAGGAAUACUUUCUGCACGGCGACGCUAAGAACUGCCACACGGACGCCAAAGCUGUGGAGAAAGAGCUGGUGAGGAGCAAAUUGGAAUGGCAAAACAGGAAACACACGAGCACGCCAAAAGAGACCCUCGGAAAAAUGGGGUUUGGUGAAGAAUCUUUUAUCUGAGCGUGGCGAUUUUAAGUACAUUCGUGAAUUCAUAGUUGACAUGCUUUUGCUAGAUGCUGUGCAUGUAUCUGAAGUUUCAUAUGCCAUGCCGAUUCAUGCACUUAACAAAAUGAGGUCUGUGACAAAAACACUUUCACUGAUAUAUGAACUUCAGAACAGAUACCAUGAGGGUAGCUCCUUUGAUAUAUAAGCAUGUUUGAUAUUCACUAGUUAACACAUGUUGAAAACACUGACUUGCUUGUGCAUUUUCAUUGGACAGUGUGGCCUCUGUUUAAUAUGUACUACACUAUUCAAGAAGGGUACUUGCAGUUUCUCCAAAGGGAACUGUUUUAACAAGAGGAGUCAUGUCAUGAGUGUCAUGUUUUAAGAAACAUUAAGGAGACAACUAGCUAAUCUGUUCUAUGGUCAAAGGAGUUCCUCUGGCAAACCACAUGGAUGAUGCCCUGCUAAUUAGUUGUGUAAAUUGCUCAAUGGAAGGUAAAUGUCCAUUCCAGUGGUGUAAGCAUAUCAGUAUGUGCCAAUAAAAGAACACUAUUCAAAUCGAACAUCUGCAUUGAAAUAGUGAGGGACCAGGGGUAGAAGACCAGUGAGGUGAUGAGGAAGUCACGUGCUGGGAGACAGGGGUGGUUGAGAUGGGAGACAGGGGUGGCUGAGAUGGGAGACAGGGGUGGCUGAGAUGGGAGACAGGGGUGGCUGAGAUG